CAGCAAAACAAAGUAGAAUAAGAAAUAUUUCAAAUACCGUGAUGAAAGUAAAGCAGAUCCUUGGCAGAAGCCAGAAAUGCGGUCCUUGGACCUGGCUUCUCAACAAUUAGUCCUGAGCGGGAAGAAUCGGCGGGCUUCUGGAAAUACACUGAGAGCACACAGAGCUUCCCCACACCUUCAAACUUACACCUUGCUGCCUAGGAGCUUGCUUCCUUAGCCUUCCUUUUCAAUCCACUAUGGCCAGUACUAAUAGCAGUGCCGGCAUCCGGUGGUCCAGACAGGAGACACGAACUCUUCUCUCCAUAUUAGGAGAGGCAGAGUAUAUUCAGCGCCUCCAGACUGUGCAUCAUAAUGCAGAUGUCUACCAGGCUGUGUCUAAGCGAAUGCAGCAGGAAGGCUUCCGCCGCACCGAACGUCAGUGCCGCUCCAAGUUUAAAGUCCUGAAGGCACUAUAUUUAAAGGCCUAUGUUGCCCAUGCCACAAGCAUGGGUGAUCCACCACAUUGUCCAUUUUAUGAUACGUUGGAUCAACUUCUCCGAAAUCAGAUAGUGACUGACCCAGACAACUUAAUGGAGGAUACUGGUUGGGCCGAGCACUGUGAUCAGAACUUAGUGGCCUCUGACACCCCAGGGAAAGAGGGAACCAGCAUUCUGAAAGCAAAAAGGACUCAGGCAGCUGAUCAUCAGCCUAUCUUGAAAACAGUUAAGGAAUCAGAUGAGGAUUGUCACCUGAGAAUCAGUGACCGGAUACAAGAAACCAGUGACCUCGAGGACUCCUGGGAUGAAUCCUCGGGUGCAGGGUGCUCUCAAGGGACCCCCAGCUACAGCAACUCCCACAACCUUUUCAGAGGUGCAGUUGCUCCAUGUCAGAGCAGCCCCAUGACCAGACUGGGUGUGUCCAGUGAGCCCAGUCCCUGCACCAGCAGCGGCCGAAACACUCCUGGUAUAGCCUCCACACUGCGGCCUCCAGUCUCCUCCUCCAGAGCUGGUUUUGUUUCUGGUGGGGAUAGGCCUGUGACCAGUGAGCCCCCUCCAAGGUGGGCAAGGCGAAGAAGGCGGUCAGUGGCCAGGACUAUUGCAGCUGAGUUGGCAGAAAACAGGAGAUUGGCACGAGAGCUUUCAAAGAGAGAGGAAGAAAAACUGGACAGGCUGAUUGCUAUUGGUGAGGAGGCCAGUGCUCAGCAGGACACUGCCAAUGAGCUUCGCAGGGAUGCUGUCAUCGCGGUCAGACGAUUGGCGACAGCAGUGGAAGAGGCAACUGGUGCUUUUCAGCUAGGGCUUGAGAAAUUGCUUCAGAGGUUGAUUUCAAAUACCAAAAGCUAGGAACUGAUUACAAAAGAGUAUAUUUCCUAAACUGGUACAAGUCUAGUUCCAACACCUGCCUUCUGGUACCCUGGCUCCUUUUCUGUGUCUACAGAGAAGAAAGAGUGGAUGAACCAUUAAUAUGCGGAGUAGUAGGAACAUACUUGCUGGUUCCUUUUCCCAAGAUUUUCCACUAAUCGAAAGACCUUUCAGAAGUGUGAGGGGUGUCUUAGAAUAGAGCCAAGUCCAAGAGAGCUAGUUUGUCCUGGCUUUAUCACUGAUGUAAGGCAAUUUCAUUUACCUCUCUACAACAAUUUCCUCAUCUGUAAAAUGGGGAUAUAGAUAAUAAUUCCUGCCCUGCCUACCUCACAGGGUUGUUGUGAGGAUUAAAUAGCUAAUAGAUGUGAAAGAGUUUAAAAGCACUAUACACAUUUAAGUUAUUAAUGCACACAACCUUGGCUGAAGUAAGGCUAGGGUGAGGCACAUUAGUUUACAAGAUAUAGAAGUAUGGUUGUAUACCAUGACCUCAUUGCUUGAAUCUUUCCUUUACUAGUUUAACUUGACUGUUUCAUGGAGUUGGAGAUCUUAAGUUUUUAAAUCAUUCUGUGGCUCGUUAGACUAGUAUAAGCACAACAUGUAUUUGUACCUUUGUCUCUUAAUAUUUUCACUGCUGUGUCUCUGACUUAUCCACUAGUAAGCACACCUAAUAGUCAAACCAUCUUUCUUUCCUUCACUUUACCAGCUCUUAAUACUCCUACCAAAUAUAAGGAUAUAAUUAAGAGGAGCCACAAUAGUAUGUUAUGGCUCAUAUUGACAGUCUUUGAUAUAGUGAAAUAUUGGCUGUUUUAUAAAAUAUUAAAUCUCCGAUGAUCCACAAGCUCAGAAAUACAUUACGGAAAGUAAAUGUUUAGUCAUUGAAAAAAAUGGG